AUGCAGGAAAUCCAAGGACCCGUCGGCCAGGGCGGCCCCAAUGCUCCUGGGAACCGCUUCGGCCACGCUUCCAAGCCUUCCAACAGCGAAACCGGCUUCUCUCACGGAGCCUUCACUUCCAACAUCUCUGGCUUCGCCGACAGGCACCCUCGACGCGGAAAUAUUCCCACCAUCAACACCCAGCCCCUGAACCAGCACCAGCACCACCAGGCUCCCCCCUCCGCUGCUGACAUGGCCACCCCUGGCACCGCCUUCGACAUGCAGUUCACUCCUCUGCUUCCCUCCCAGCUGCUUCUCGGGAGCCCAUUCCAGCCCGGAACUCCCGCCGCCUUUGCUAGCCCGCAGUUCCAGAACCUCCAGAGCUUCCAGCAGGCCCAGCAGCAGAGCCAGCACCAGCAGCACCAGAACGGCCUGCAGAGCCCUAUCCAGCAGAACAUGUCUCCCCAGCAGUAUCAGGCCAUGGUGUCUCCCUCGACCUACGGUGCUCCCCAGUUCUUCCAGCCUCAGUCCCCGACCGGCGGCAGCUUCAACAACAUGCAGAUUCCCAUGCAGCCUAGCUCCCCCGUCUCCAUGGGCCCGGGAAUGGUCACUGGCACCAGCCGCACCGUCUACCUCGGCAACAUCCCCCCUGACACGUCGGCCGAGGAGAUCUUGGGCCACGUCCGCAGCGGCCAAAUCGAGUCCGUUCGUCUUCUUCCCGACAAGAACUGUGCUUUCAUUUCCUUCCUGGACGCCAGCUCCGCUACCCACUUCCACUCUGAUGCCAUCUUGAAAAAGCUCUGCAUCAAGGGCCAGGAUAUCAAGGUCGGCUGGGGCAAGCCUUCCCAGGUUCCCACCUCGGUGGCCUUGGCCGUCCAGCAGUCGGGUGCUUCCCGCAACGUGUACCUGGGUAACCUGCCGGAGGACAUCACCGAGGAGGAACUCCGCGAGGACCUUGGCAAGUUCGGUGCCAUUGACACGGUUAAGAUUGUCCGCGAGAAGAGCAUUGCCUUCAUUCACUUCCUGUCUAUCGCCAAUGCGAUCAAGGCGGUUUCUCAGCUUCCUCAGGAGCCCAAGUGGCAGGCCCCUCGUCGCGUUUACUACGGCAAGGACCGAUGUGCUUACGUUUCAAAGACCCAGCAGCAGAACGCUGCUCAAUACCUUGGAAUCGCGCCUGGCUAUGCGCACAUGCUCACUGGUGCAGACCGCGACGUCAUCUCCAACGCCCUGGCACAGCAAUCCGUUGCGGCGGCUGCCGUCGCUACCACUGCUGGUGGCAUCAACAACCUUGGAAACCGCACCAUCUACUUGGGCAACAUCCACCCCGAGACGACGAUUGAGGAGAUCUGCAACGUUGUCCGCGGUGGUCUUCUUCACCACAUCCGUUACAUCCCCGACAAGCACAUCUGCUUCGUCACCUUUAUCGACCCCACGGCCGCCGCGUCCUUCUAUGCCCUCAGCAACCUGCAGGGCUUGAUGAUUCACAACCGCAGGCUGAAGAUUGGCUGGGGCAAGCACUCCGGUGCUCUCCCGCCUGCCAUCGCCCUCGCUGUCAGCGGAGGAGCUUCUCGCAAUGUCUACAUUGGCAACUUGGAUGAGACAUGGACCGAGGAGCGCCUGAGACAAGACUUCUCCGAGUACGGCGAAAUCGAGCUGGUCAACACUUUGAGGGAGAAGAGCUGCGCGUUUGUCAACUUCACCAACAUUGCCAAUGCCAUCAAGGCUAUCGAGGCUGUGCGAAGCAAGGACGAGUACAAGAAGUUCAAGGUCAACUUUGGCAAGGACCGUUGCGGAAACGCUCCCCGUCAGCUCCAGCAGCAGGCGCAAUCUCCCCGCACCGACGGUGUUUCGUCGCCGCCCCCCAACGGUUCCCAGAACUCGGGCUCCCCGACCAACGGCAACACGCCCCAGCAGUCGGCGACAAUCAUCUCGAACGGCUACCCUCAAAGCGCGUCCGGCCCCGGCCCCACCACCAUUGGCGGUCUCCUGGCUCCCGGUAACGGCCGUGGCCAGCACAACCGCGCAGUCAGCCUGCCUGCGCUGAACCCUGGCUUUGACAACGGCGGCGCUCCCUCUGGCCACGAAGGAGAGCGUCGCGGCCACCAGUACCAGGCAAGCUUCGGCGGCAUGGGUGCUGGCUACGGCCUGGCCAUCCAGGGCGGCUUGAACCAAUGGGUUGAGGAAGAGGUUGCCAACUAA